AUGUCCAUUGCUGGUGGAGAAACGGCACUUUCAGUCUUUCUGGAGUUUUUCGCUAAGCUGGCUUCUUAUGAUCAUAUCCUCAACUUCGUCACUCAAAAGCAGGUCAACCAGCAACUCAAACAGUGGCAAAAGAUAUUGCCAAGUAUUCAAGCAGUGCUCAAUGAUGCAGAGGAGAAGCAAAUGAAAGACCCCAAUGUGAAGAUCUGGUUGACUCACCUCCAAAACUUGGCCUACGAUGUGGGUGACGUUUUGAAUGAAUUUGCAGUCGAGGCUUUACAUCGAAAGCUGCAUGAAGGUGAAGCGAGCACAAGUAAGGCACAAAAACCCUCUGCUUCUUGGUUUACUAGUUUCAUUAAUUCAAGAGCUUUUACGUUUAAUAAGAAGAUGAUUUCCAAAUUACAAGAGCUCGCUGAUGAACUAAAUGGUUUGGCAAGAGAAAAAAACAGAUUGGGUUUGAGACAGAUUGAUGAAACUGCAAUGUCUAAAAGAGUUAAAGUAAGCAUGCAAUUUAUGCCUUUAGUGCAUGAAUCUCAUGUUUAUGGUAGGGAAAAGGAGAUGGCUGAAAUACUUGAAUUGCUAUUGUGCAAUAAUGGGAAUGGGAAUGGAGCUUCUUUGAUUCACAUCUUUGGGGAUGGUGGGAUCGGCAAGACAGUUCUCGUUCGAUUCCUUUAUUGCAGUGGUGAUGUAAAGAAGGCCUUCCAUCACAGGUUCUGGAUACGUGUUUCAAAAGAUUUCGAUGUCACUCUGGUGACAAAGACAAUUUUGCAGUCCAUCUCCGAUGUGUGUUGUAUAGUUCCUUCUUUGGAUAAUCUUCAGGCCUUGUUGAAGGAUAAGUUGUUCGGCAGACACAUUUUGCUUGUGCUGGACAAUGUUCGGCACGAGAAUUACGAUGAUUUGGCCCUCUUGUUAAAGCCUUUUUCUGUUGGAACAAAAGUUAUUUUGACAACAAGGAGUUGCAGUGUUGUUUCUUCAGUUGUUAGUAGUGCUAAAGCUUUCUUGUUGCAGAAGUUAUCACAUAAAGAUUGUCUCUCUGUGUUUACUCAUCAUGCAUUGAAAGCAAGUGAUUUUAGUGAGCAUCAAGAGUUGGAAACAUUUGGGGAAAACAUAGUGAAAAAGUGCAAUGGCUUACCUUUGGCAGCUAAAGUCAUUGGUUGCUUGCUUGGCACUCAUGUGGAGUAUGGUGUAUGGAAAUAUGUAUCAGAGAGUGAGAUAUGGGAUUUACAGCAAGAGCAAUGUGGAGUUAUUCCGGCUUUGCUAUUGAGUUAUCAUCAUCUUCCACCGUAUUUGAAGCGUUGCUUUGCAUAUUGCUCUUUACUGCCUAAAGGUUACGAGUUUGAGAAGGAGGAGAUCAUCUUGUUAUGGAAAGCAGAAGGCUUUAUACAACAAGCGGACUCGAAAGCUCACAUUGAAGAUCUUGGUAGCAGAUACUUUCAAGAUCUAGUGUCAAGAUCGUUUUUCCAGACUUCUGUUCGGGAUACAUAUCUGUAUGUAAUGCAUGAUCUAAUCAAUGAUCUAGCUCAAUUGGUCUCCAGAGAAAUAUGCUUGAAAUUGGAGGAUGAUAAACAACCGAAAAUUCCAAAGGGCACUCGACAUUCAUCUUAUGUUUGUGGCUCGUAUGACGGAGUGGAGAAGUUUGCAGUGUUUGAUCACAUGAAACGCUUGCGAACCUUUCUACCAUUUAUGAUGCCAAGAGAUGGGACUUGUUAUAUAACCAACACUGUGCUCAUUGAUUUGUUGCCGAAACUUCGAUGCUUAAGGGUGCUUUCUUUAAAAGGGUACGGCAUCACCGUGUUGCCGGACAUAUUUGAAAAUUUGGUACAGUUACGCUACCUAAAUUUCUCACACACUUUAAUCCAAAGUUUGCCUGCUUCAAUAUGCACCCUUUACAAUUUAGAAACCUUGAUAUUAAAGGAGAGUUUGUUAGAGUGGUUACCCUCAGGCAUAGAACGCCUAGUAAACUUGAAUCAUAUUGAUAUCAGUGGUGUAAAGAUGAAAGCAAUGCCCUAUGGUAUAGGUAAAUUGGCCGAUCUACGAAGGCUGUCAGAUUUUAUUUUGGGAGCAGGUGAUGGAUAUCGAAUACGAGAGUUGAAGAAUUUACAUCUUAAGGGUGAUCUUUCCCUUUCGGGGUUGGAGAACGUUGUCGAAGCUCGAGAUGCAUUGGAAGCUAAGUUAAUUGACAAGCAAGGCCUUGAUGCAUUAAGGCUAAUGUGGAGCAGUAUUUCUGGCAGUAGCAUAAGAGAUAAAGUAGUUGAAGAAGAGGUGUUGAACAUGCUUGAACCUCACUGGGAUCUUAAAGUGCUCGUCAUAGAGAACUAUGGGGGUACAAAGUUUCCGAAUUGGAUUGCAGAUUCUUCGUUUAAGAACUUGUGGUCUUUGGAUCUCAACAACUGCAGAAACUGCAAAUUCUUGCCGUCAAUCGGAAACCUGCCACUACUGAAGGAUCUUUGUAUAAGGGGAAUGCAUACGGUGACUAAAAUCGGCAUCGAGUUCUACGGAGAGAACCACUUGAAUGCAUUCGUGUCAUUGGAGACGUUAUGCUUUAAGGAUAUGUCAAAUUGGAAGGAAUGGGACAUCGAUGAGCAUGCUGUGAAAUUUCCCUGCCUACGGGAGUUUUGUAUCGUAAACUGUCCUCAAUUGUCAGGAAGGUUUCCAAGCUCUCUUCAUUCCUUAGAGACACUUGUAAUUCGUCAAUGUACACAAUUGGUUGUUUCGGUUUCGAACCUCCCUCAGCUGCAUAACUUAGAAAUAGAUGGGUGUGCAGAGUUGGUGCUUCGAGAUGAAGCAGACAUGCCACCAUUGAGAAAAGUCUCUCUUUCAAAUGUUUCAAAGUUUUCUCCCCUAACUGAGAGGCUAGUGUCAGGCCUAACCAACCUGGAUCAUCUGAGGAUUAGUAAUUGUAAUGAGUUGGCGUCCUUGUCCCGGAAGCAGUUCAGUUUGGUGCGGCAUUUGAGGUCUCUCCGUAGUCUGGAAAUGUCAAGUUUUCCACUACUUGAGGUUGAAGGAACUGUGAAAAGCUUCAGAGGCUACCACAAGACUGGCAUUUCCUCACAUUUCUAA